GAGGAGAUCUGGUGGCACAUUCAUUCAGUUUAUCCGUGAUUUCGACGCUCUCUCGCACUUUUCUCUCUCGUAAACUUUAGUAUCGCUCAUUUUAGACUUUUCUGCAGUGAUGUUCAUCCCCCCGUCGAGUACAGAACCGUCAUAAAGCUGCUUCUUUUGUAACGUCCCACCCGUUCGUGCUGCGCGGGUGUGAAAUCAAACGAACCUCCUCCUGUGCGGGGAGAAAGCAGCCUGAAGGCAAACAGACUCUGAGGAGGCUCCAUGGCGCCGAUAGACGGGACAGAUCGGUGAAUAAAACAUCUUUUAUCUGAUGAUCAUGGACGUCCCAGAGGAAGACGAAUAUUACUACCAUGAAAACAUCAGCUUCAACUUCAGUUACGAUGACUACCCCACCCUCUGCGAGAAGAGUGACGUCCGUUCCUUCGCAGCCCUCUUCCUGCCUAUCAUGUAUACUGCGUGUCUGGUGGUGGGCCUGGCGGGAAACGCCUUAGUCGUGGCCGUCUACGCCUACCACAAACGCCUCAAGACCAUGACGGACACCUUCCUGACCCACCUGGCUGUAUCCGACCUGCUCCUGCUCUUCACGCUGCCUUUCUGGGCCGCUGACGUGGCGAGGGGCUGGGAGCUGGGGCGGCUGCUCUGCAAGAUCGUGUCGGCCUGCUACACGGUCAACUUCACCUGCUGCAUGCUGCUGCUGGCCUGCAUCAGCCUGGAUCGUUACUUCGCGUUGGCCAGGGGGCAAGGUGAAGACCAACGAGGGCGGCUGCAGAGGAUAUUCACAAGGAGACACUGCUGGAAGGUGUGUUCAGUCGUUUGGGCGACGGCUUUCGUCCUGGGUCUUCCUGAUCUAGUACUCUCAGAGGUGAGAUGGGUGUCUAACAGGAACGCCUGUCUGACUAUCUACCCUCCAUCAUUGGGUGGAGGGGGGAAAGCUGCCCUGGAGAUGGCAGAAGUGCUGCUGGGAUUCCUGCUUCCUCUCCUGGUUAUGGUGAUCUGUUACUGGAGCGUGGGCCGGGCAUUAAAGGGCCUCCCUGCUGAGAACAGAGGCAAGAAGUGGAAGGCCAUACGAGUUCUUCUGAUAGUAGUCGGGGUGUUUGUGGUCACUCAGCUGCCUUACAACGUGCUGAAGGUCUAUCGAGCGAUGGACUUGGUCUACACCUUAGUGACCCACUGCGGGACGAGUAAAGUGCUGGACCAGGUGGCUCAGGUGAGUGAGACCCUGGCCCUCACUCACUGCUGCCUCAACCCGAUCCUCUACGCCUUCAUGGGCUCUACCUUCAGGCAGCACAUGAUGAAAGUGGCCAAGAAGUUUGGCGAGAGGAGGAGGAGGAGGAGGAGAAGGAGGGAAAAUCCGACAGAGGAGGAAGGGAUGGACAUGUCAUUUAACUCCCACAGUUCUUCCCAAGAGACAAACACAUUCUCCAUAUGAGCUGACACUAGUGCGCCGUAGUCGGAAGAAGUCUCUGUGUGUCACAAUCACGCAUUUGGUAGAAUAGAAGAGCAGAUACAAAACUGUUUUUGAGAGAGCAGCAGCAGUUCAACCAUGUGUGGAAAAAACUAAAAUGUUCCCUCAGUUCCAUCUAUAUCAAUUAUUCUCAAGUCUUUUCCUCCUCCAGUUUAUUAUUAUUAGUUUAAGCACAAUAUACUUGUUUAUGUGUCUCUGCCUGUAUAUUGAAGCAACAGGGAACGUUGCUUUUUCUGUCAAGUGAGAGAUGAAUGAAAAGAUUCAUUUGUUUUGCUCAGUGUUUUGUCAGUUUUUAUACGCUGGGCCAGAGGAAGUAAUGUUUCAUUUUAACUGCAGACACUGUAGACAGUGAACUUUGAACUUGAAAGGAAACAAGUCUAAGAGUGUACAGCCAUGCUGACCGGUCUGUGAGACCGUGGGCAGCUGCAGUACUGGGAGCUAAAUGCUCAAAGCACGUUAGCAUGCUCACACUGGCGGUGUUAACGUGCUGAUGUGUUGCAGGUGCAGUGUUAACGACGGCAGCUGAGGCUGAAUGUCAUUAGAUUUGCAGGCCUUUGGUCAUAAACCAAAGUGUUGGACAAAUUGACUUGAUGAAAAGUCAGAGGAUCACCAACUUACAAUUCAUCCUGUGGGAGACAUGAUUAUCUGAAACAGAUUUCAUGGUAAUCUGUCCAAUAGUUAAAUAUUUCAGUUUGGACCAAAGAGAUGGACCGACGUGAUGAAUUUGGCUGUUUUCUCAGUUUUGGUCCAGAAAAGCCAAUAAUAAAUGCUCUUUAGCAUCUAAAACACCCUUUGCAGGACAGCUCACAGGCUUAAAUACAGUGGUUUUGUUUAUCCAGAUCUAUUAGGUGACAGAUACUCCUCCAGGAUUUCGCAAGAGACAUUUGAUACUUUUCCAGCUGCCCACACGGUACAAAGUACAAGGAAGAGUAAUGCUUGAACUUGAUAAUCUUCAUUACUCAUACACAGUGAAAUAAAAGAAGAAAAUCAAGAUCUAUUUGUGAAGCUAUGAAGGAGCUCUUUACUUGUAACUGCUUGUGUGAAAUAAUACUUGUUUAAACUGCUAUGAACCUAUAUAUAGAUACUGCUGAUCCACUUCAUGUUACACACCUGCAAGAAUGUGCAGCACAUCUGCUAUUAACCAGAUGUGCUGCACAUGCCUGCACCACCAAUAUGAAGUGAGGAAGCUCGAUUUUGGAUCUCUAAUGUUGUUCCAGCUGAGGUAUGUACUGUCUGAUCAUGUGUUUUAUGUCUCAACUCAGAAUAACCUUUAUUUCCUGAAAAUUAAAAGUUACCACACGUCAAACCAGGUUGCCAGACUAUUUUUUUUUCUCGUACUGGUGGUGUUGCUUGCAGAGUCUUGUGCCAUUUCUGCAUCCAGUGGGAUUUAAGUCUCUUUCAUGAGGAAAAGCCAGAGCGUUGUUGUUUCCUGAAUUCCUCAAAACAUCUGAGACACAUUUACUGCACACGUAAUUUACAGUUCAUCUCUGAGCAGACGGGAUGCAAAACAACUGUAAGUAACAUUUUUAUGAGGUGUUGAUGAAAACAGCGUCAUUCUUGGGAUAGUUUCACAUCUUAUCGUUACAGAUUGUGUUUAACACUGACUUUACCGAGCAUGAUGACUUAGAAAACAGUGUUUGCUUCAACAUGUGUAGCUGCACAGAGAAGGAGGGUGGCCCACAUCCGCUUAGUCAUGCACUAAGGUCCAGUAAUGGCACACCCUAGUCUGGAACUAUUUGGAUAAACACAAGUCAGUGUUAUUGCUUGCCCUUUGCACACUGGUUGUAUCACCUAGUUCAAAAGGCAACUUUAUUUAUAGUUACUUUACAAUAACAAUUUAAAGUUUCAUAAGACAGAAAGGCAUUCCCUGGCAUUUAUGGUAAGAUAUUUCUCUUUUUCAAUUUUCACUGAAAUCACAUUAAAAGCUGUACCUGUUUAUGCAGAACUUUUUUUUUGGCCUUGAUCUUGUAUUGCACUUCAAGGAGAUAUUGUGUUCACUCAUUUGUGUGUAAUAGUGUUGUCUGUUGGUAUUGUUUGUGUUUAUUGUAGCAUUUUUUCUGUUGCCCUCUUGGCCAGGUCCCUCUUAAAAAGAGAUUUUAACCUUUCCUGGUUAAAUAAAGGGUAUCUGUCUAUAAGAGUGGCUUCACAACUGCAGUUUUCAGGGCCUGUGGGAAACAGCCUGAGAGUAGAGAAGUGCUCAAGAUUUGCCAUUCAGUUAAAAACACCUCAGAAAAAGUCUGCAGUUAGAAUAUCAAGGCGGGGGAGGAUUUCAGAUGUUGCACAAUUGCUUCCAGGGUUUUAUAGCUGAUAGGAUCGAACUCUGUUAUUUCUGAAUUUGUUUUUAGUGGAAACACUACAGACCCUCUAUCUUAAAUGGCGGAACUGAUGGCUUGUCAGUGAAGAAUGAAGCAAAUUCAUUGCAAGAUUUGGUGGAUGAAGUUCAGGGGCCACUGACACAGAGGGUUUGCCAAAUAAAGACAUCGUCUCCAAUUGCAACUUAGACAUAAACACCGCACUAUGGUUUAAAUAUUUGACAUUUCUGCUGUUUUUUUCCUGUUAGGCAUGUGUUUGCUGUGGUUUGUCAAUCCCUCAGACAAAUUGUAAAUACAUUGGAGUGUCCACUGCCUGUAAGAAUUUGAGAGGUUUCUAAUAAAUUU